GCUUUCACAUUAAACAUCCGCCGACGCCCUCGCCGGCGACUCUCUAAGCGACCUUAAAGCUCUCCCUCACGGCUCCUCCCUCGCGUCCCGCCCGCGCGGCCGCGGCUCCCGGCGGCCCCGGCAGCAUGGCGGGGGAGGCGGGCGGCUCCGCGCUGGGCCGCGCGGCCGACAAGCUCUUCUCGCUCAGCGGGCUCUUCGCCGUCCGCAAGCCCAAGGGACCCACCUCGGCCGCCGUGCUCAACCUGCUCAAGGAGAGGCUGCUGGCAGAAGCUGGUGUGCAAACAAAAGGGAACAAAAGAAAUAAGGUUUUGAAAAUUGGACAUGGAGGAACUUUGGACAGUGCAGCCACAGGAGUUCUGGUGGUUGGUAUUGGAAAAGGAACAAAAAUGCUGGGGACUAUGUUGGCAGGUUCCAAGAAGUACACUGCCAUUGGAAUGCUGGGCAAGGCCACUGAUACAUUAGAUGCUACAGGAAAAGUAACUGAAGAAAAACCUUAUGACCAAGUAACGAAAGGAGAUCUUGAAAAUGUUCUUCAAAAGUUCACAGGGGACAUUAUGCAAGUUCCCCCACUCUAUUCUGCUUUGAAGAAGGAUGGAGAAAGGCUUUCAACUCUGAUGAAGAGAGGGAAAGCAGUAGAAGCAAAGCCUGCUCGGCCAGUGAGAGUGUACAGCCUUUCUCUCCAGCAGUUCCAGCCACCACUGUUCACGCUGGGUAAAGAUGUUGAAUGUGAUGGUGGCUUUUAUGUCAGGAGCCUGGUCAAUGACAUUGGCAAAGUGUGCCAUUGGCUGAAGAUUUCACAGAUACCAAGGAGUGCAGUCUUCCUGGAGCCUGAGGGGCAGAGAGGCACCAGAGGAGCAGGGAAUAAUAACCAGUCCCAAAUUAGACUUCAUCCAUCUGGGUGCACAUGCCCUGCUCGCCAAAUUUCUGCUUAGCCUUGCAAGGAUCAGAACUAAUUACCCAAGCAAGAGAUUCUCAUCUGUUCCCUGCCUUGACCUCCUGUUGGUGCUCUGCUCCUCUCCAGACAGCCUGUGCACACACUAGAGCCAGAAUUUGGCCAGCGUGCUGGCAAAGGGAGAAGAAUUUAAAAGGGAGAAAAGAAAUGCAGAUGGCUGAGGAGCACCUGUCAAGGAUUCCCAGGGUGCAGACAGAUUAGUGAUGCUAUUUUGGUUGCAGUGGAUGCAACAAUCUCUUCCCCACAGCACUUGAUGGGGACAAGUUUCUACUCCAGGGUGAGAGGUGAGAAAGGUGGUUCCCCUUUUCCUCCACCUGGCACAUAGGGGAGACACCUUUAAAGCCAAAAUGGAGAAACCAAGCUGUUUAUGAGAGUCAGUAUUUUCCCCAUUUCACAUGAAUUUUCUCCUAUAAUAUGUUAGGUAUAAUUUUUUCCUUUGUCUUGUACUCUGAAUUACGGGCUGUCCUACUGUGGCUGGUUUGACAGCCAUAUCUUUCUUGUUUAUAAUACAAUUUGACUGACAAUAAGUCAGGGAGCUGUGAUUUGAACUCCUCAUUGUGACUGGCCUGACAAUAAUCUCUUUCUCAUUUAUAACCAUUUGAUUGACAAUAACUCAGGGGAUUGGCAGCUGGUUAGGUUUUUUUUCCCCCUGAAUGCAUAUUUCUAGCUAAGACACGACAUCUAUUCCUAAAUAGUUUGACAGAUAAUUUGUACAAAAUUCUAGAAGGAAGAAAAUUUCUCACCAUUCUUAUUAAAAUAAUAUUAUUCUUUGGCUUUGUACCAAAUUCACUUUUAAGAUGAUGGUUUUCCAUCUUUCUCCUGUGCCAGUUUUGUCUCUAUUUUUCAUCACCAUUAUUA